GUCUCUCAUCUUCUCUCUCUCUCUCUACCCGCCGUCACCCAGCGCGGUACCGAUGUCUGGUGAAACCCGGAGCCGCCGUCAGGAAGGAUGAUCUGCCUGAUUAGCGAGGAGACACACAUAUUUUAAAAAACACACGAAAAGAACAAAACGGAUUUUUGAGACAGAGUGGAAACCAACUCCGUGAGAAUAUCGCGUUCAGUCAAAGUGUGAGCCUUGGACUCUCCCCACUCAGUGAUGUAAAACGUGAAGGUGGAUUUUGGCAUGUGGAGGAGCAGGUAAAAAGGGCUUGUUCGUGAUGGUGCCCUGUAUGUACAAGAAGCUGUGCCAUGACAGGGGGCAACGUGGGUAAAAGAGACAUGCGACACCCAGCCCUGCACCACUGCCAUCUCUUCCUGGGCGGGGCCUUGCUGCUUCUCCUGGCCAGCUUGGCCCGGAGCUGCCCUGCACGAUGUGAGUGCUCUGCGCAAAGCAAGUCGGUUAGUUGCCAUCGUAAGCGCCUGCCCACCAUCCCCGAAGGAAUCCCUAUUGAGACACGUGUCCUGGACCUUAGUAAGAACAAGCUGCGCAUCAUUACACCAGACAACUUCUCUUCAUUCCUUCAGCUCGAGGAUCUGGAUCUCAGUGACAACCUCAUCAGUGUGGUCGAGCCCGGCUCAUUCCGCUCUCAGCUUGCUCUCCGCUCACUCAACUUUCGCAGUAACUUGCUGCAGCUGGUUCCUGCUGGUGUGCUGUCAGGCCUGACCAAUCUCUCCCGCCUCGACCUCAGCCACAACCGGUUGGUGGUUCUCUUGGAUCAUGCCUUCCAAGACCUGCGCAGGUUGACGUCCCUGGAGGUCGGUGACAAUGAGUUAGUUUUCGUUUCUCAGCGGGCCUUUACAGGAUUACUUGGACUCCAAAGUCUUACCCUGGAACGUUCAAAUCUCACAGUAGUUCCUACUGACGCUCUAGGACAUCUCCAUAGCCUGGUUGAACUGCACUUGCGCUACCUGAGCAUUGGUUUUCUAAAGCCUUUUUCUUUUAAGAGAUUAUCACGACUCCGCCUACUAGAGAUUGAUUACUGGCCCUGGUUGGACACACUGCCUCCCCUCUCUCUGCAUGGUCUCAACCUCACAACAUUGUUCAUAACCAACACUAACCUGUCUGCCUUCCCUGGAGCCGCACUGCACAACCUGCACUACCUCACACAUCUCAACUUGUCCUACUGCCGCAUCCAGCACAUCCAUCAGGGAGAGCUGGGCCAACUCUCACACCUGGUAGAGCUUCGGCUGCAGGGAUCUCAUCUGAUUUCUAUUGAGCCUUUUGCAUUUUUAGGCCUCAAAUCUUUGCAACUACUGGAUGUGUCAGACAACCACCUGGACUCUCUGGAGAGAGGAGUGUUUGCCUCGACAGACAGCCUCCAGAGGCUCUGUCUGGGUGGAAACCCAUUAGUGUGCGACUGUAGAUUGCUUUGGCUGCUCAACAGCCACAAGCCCCCCUCUCUGCAGAUUCUGGAUGUCCAGCCUGAGUGCAGUGCCCCCCAGCACCUCUUGGGAAGAUCUCUUCGUGACCUCAAGGAGCCUCUGGUCUCCCGAUACAUGACCUGCACCAAACCACGGAUUGGACCCAACACGACCCAGCUGCUGAUGACUGAUGAGGGUCAACCUGCCCGCCUGAGCUGCUUGGCAGAAGGAGCACCUCGGCCCUCAGUGGUCUGGAUUACACCUCACAGACGCUACAUCACAACCAAGAGCAGUGGUAGGGUGGAAGUUCAGUCAGAUGGUACCCUUGAGAUCAAGACAGCAGAGCUGCAUGACAGUGGGGUGUAUUUGUGUAUUGCAAGUAACCCUGCUGGCAACGCUAGCUUGUCUGCCUCUUUAGCUGUUAAGAGUCUGGGCAUUGGGGACAGAUCUCACUAUAGCAACAGGAGCUCAAACUAUCUGACAGACUCUAACAGCACAUGGGGGAAUGGGACAGUACUGUACAACAUGACAGUCCCUAUAGACAUUAAGACUAUCAUUAUAUCUACAGCUAUGGGCUGCCUGUCUUUCCUGGGUGUGGUAAUCUUUUGUUUCCUGCUUCUGUUCGCCUGGAGUCGAGGGAAAGGACGCCAUAAGAGCAACUUUGAUAUUGAGUAUGUCCCUCGCAAAUCCAAUGGGGCAUCAGCAGAGGUGUCUGAAUCAAGUGGCCCGAGACGGGUAAACAUGAAAAUGAUAUGAAAAAGAUGAAGACUAAAACACAUGGUUGCAAGUCAACAAGAAAAUUGUCCACAUAUCACGUGAAAAAAAACAAAAGGUUUUUUUUUCUAUGAGAGUGGAUUUGUGACAAACGAAAGUGAUGUACCAAUAUAGUGGGUGUCAAAAUGACAGUGAUCUAGUGAUAAAGUGGGCAUGUGAAUAUAAAAGUGAUAUAUGAAACAGUGGACGUGUUUAUAUGAAAUAAUGUUCUCAUACAGUACUUUGAAUAUAAAACUAUAACCAACAUAUCAAUAUGGGAGUGAUAUAGUGCUACACUAGGCAUGUGUUUCAGUGAUGUGAUGAGUAAUGAUGUUGUCGACUCACCGUAACAUCAAGGUGAAAGAGAGAGAGAGCCGCUGGGAGUGAUAGGGAUAUCUUUGUGUGGCAGUAGAGCUAUCAUCGCUGCAACAUGUCAGGACUAAAUUGUGUAAUACCCAUAUUAGCUGCAGUAUGAAAGGUGUGUGUUGUGUUCAUGUGUGCAGAAGUGUGUGUAUGUGUGAGUGCAUCAGUGUGCGCAUGUUGCAUUUGUGCGUUUCUUUGUGCAUGUGCACGCAUUGCCUUUCUUGUUGGAUGGAACAAUUAAAACGAAUGAAAGGGUCCAAGGCUUUUUUCAGGCCUCCGUUCCAUCAUUCUAACGACAGUAUUGUCACUGUUGUGAAAAAAAAAACCCAGAGGAUUAUCUAUGUUUGUAUGCAAAAUCACAAUUAUGAUAUUCAAGAGAAAUGCUGCAUACAUUUUAAAAUAGGUCAUUAUCCCCCUUUGAAUAACUCCAUCAGUAGAUGGGGAUAUUUUUUUUUUAUCUUAAUGAAAAGACCCACAGUGGUUACAAUGUGAAUUAAGAGCUUUGUCUUUACCAAAGAGCUCACUUUCCUGCAACACUAGAUGCUUUUCCUGAAAAAAAAAAAAAGCAGUUGUCAGUUGUGUUAUUACUCUGAAAAAGCUGUUAGCUAUAGAAAUGGCAUGUUGAACCCAUUUUAUAGCACAAUAAAUCAUGGGCAGAUUUUCCUGCAAGACAAAUCCCUUGAUAUGAUAAAAGAGUCUGUGGCCAGAAACAACAGCAAAGAUUUACUGGCCGAUACCCUCUUUGGGACAAGACAAAGUUGAGCUUCACAGAUUUAUGGGUUGAAUUUCCCCCUCCUCUCUCAUUUUUCUUUGAUCGCACCACUUCAAAGCUAGUGUGUCCGUAUUCUUCCCUGGGGCACUGGGUAUUUAAUAGAUGGCAAAUUUGAAAGUUGUAGUGGAAUCUUGUAUUGUUUGGUUUUUUGUUGAAAAUGUUUUAAAUGUUUAGAAAAAAAAAGUAAAACAAUUAAGGGCAAUUCUUUGUAAUGCAGGGAUGUGGGUUGUAACUUGUGUGAUCAUGUUGUGAUAAAAUGUUAAAAGGU